UUUGUUUUAUAUCAUAUAUCUGUGAACAACAUCGUCAUUGGUUACACAUUUCCAAAAGUGAUAUAUAACUGGUUCGCUGGUUUCUAACGGUCGCAGUGAGAAAGCAUAUGUCCGCAGUGCCUCGCUUUUGUGGAAAUAAAUACAAAGAGGGAUUUUAAGUAAACAACACCGGUUUUACAUGAAGCUUUACAUUAAUUGGAAGUGGAAAUCUUCUGAUAAUAGAAAAUACAAACGUGCAAUAAUUGCAAACAAGAGACUUUACUCUAAUGUCAGCUAUUUAUUCUACCAAUGGGAGUUCACGGCCUUUGGUCUCUGCUUCAACCUGUUGGGAAGCCAAUUCGACUGGAAGCACUCGAGGGCAAAAUUCUUGCCAUUGAUGUCAGUCUCUGGCUUCACCAAGCUGCGAAAGGAAUGAGGGAUCGUUCUGGAAAUCCCAUCCCCAACGCCCACCUUAUCGUACUGUUCAACCGUGUCUGCAAGCUGCUUUACUACCGUAUCAAACCAAUAUUCGUAUUCGAUGGUGGUGUACCAGUGUUGAAAUGGCAAACUUUAGCUCACCGUCGUGAACAAAAGGAAACGGCUGCUGAUAAAUCAGGCGAAAUUUCCAACAAGCUUCUCCACAAUCUUCUAAAACAGCAACUCUUGAACAAAACCAUUGAGAAGAACAGCCCCAAAAAGAAAGGUAGUAAUAGUAAUGCUGAGGAAUCCCCUUCAAAAACGGUUACCCGCCUCCUGUCUUCUAAACCUCACCAACGUGAUAUGUUUGAACUGGAUGAACUCCCAGAAUCAAGCCAGAAAUACUUUGAUGAGCUGAACGAGGAAGACCCUUGGGAUCAACACCAUUCCAUCUUAGAUGAUGCUGGUGGCUUUGCUUCAUAUCAAAUGUCAAAACUUCUGAAGCAGAACAAAAUCACAAACCAAAUUGAGAAAGUUCAAGAUGAGAUAAUUGCCAGAAAGUCUGGGAAAAUCUCUACUGAAUCUGGCAUCAUUGACCAAGUUGUUAAUAUCCAGAAGAUUGCUUCAGAAGACAGCUCUCAUUUUAUAUUUGUGAAAGGUCUGCAGAAAGACACUGCGCUUGAGGUUAUAGAGAAGGAAAAGAGAAAAGAAGAGAUGAAGGGUAGCGAGGACUCAGAUGAAGAAUCAACAAAGCCAGCACCAUCUUAUAAAUGUCCUGAUUCUGUAAAUACCAGUGGUAAUCUGUGGGUUGAAGAGAUGAAAUAUGGUGUCAAAAAGAAACCAUGUGAAGAGCUGCCAAACAUUAAACAGGAAAAGGAUUUUCUGAGCUCAAAAGUGAAAUUGCAAGUGGACAGUGAUAGCACUUGUAGUUCACAAAAUAUUUUCAAUGUUGAUAAAAAUAUUUUGUUUAAUUGGGCCAAAUUAGCAGAAUCAGGGAAUCACAGUGCUGACCAAACAUCUCUUGGAGAGCCAGAAAAUAAUAGCAGUAAAACACUUGAAACAAAGGUUUCUUUGUCAGAUUCUGAGAGUGGAGAAUCAGAAGAGGAUUCCGUUCCACCAAAAACUGUUUUAAACCAAAUCACGCUAAAGAAGGAAGUAUCAGGUGUGAUGACAACAGAAAAUAAACCAGUUGUUGUCAGUGGAUUAAAAGAGUCUUUUAUUUCUGAGAAACAUGGUGCCAGCCUGGACAACAGUUCAUUGUUGUCUAAAGGUGUGACUGUAGAUGAUGCAGCUAAGAUAGAUGUGACUGUAAAAGAUGUUAUUACUGAUGAUGAAUCCAAAAAACAUGUGACUGUUCCAGAUGAAGAGUCUGAAGAGAAGAAAAUACAAUCAGACUCUGGCGAGAGCGAAGAUGGUGAGUUACAUUUUAUUAAGAUUUAUGUUGAUAUCUUACUAGUCAGCCGGAUUGAAACUAUGUCCACUAUGAAAUCAGAACUGGAAGCUGAGAGUGAUGUGUUACUACAAGAACGAGGAAAACAGGAGAGAUUAGCCAUGACCAUUUCUGACCAGAUGCGCCUGGAAGCUCAGGAACUGCUGCUGUUGUUUGGUGUGCCAUUCCUUGUGUCUCCAAUGGAAGCCGAGGCGCAGUGUGCUUACCUGGACAUCACCAAACAGACAGAUGGUUCCAUCACAGAAGAUAGCGAUGUGUGGUUAUUUGGUGGACAGAGGGUUUACAGGAAUUUCUUCAACCAAAAUAAACAGGUGGAGCUAUUCACGAUGACUGAUGUGAAGAAUGUGUUGGGUUUGGAGCGAGAGAAAUUAAUCAAGAUGGCGUUCCUGUGUGGCAGUGACUACACCCCUGGUAUUGCAGGGGUUGGUCCUGUGACAGCCCUGGAAAUACUUGCCGAAUUCAACGGAAAAUACUUGGAAGGUUUACAGACACUCAAAACCUGGUGGGAUUCUACAAGAGAUCAAAUUAAAAUUCCUCAAGAAAUCAAACUGAAAUCCAAACUUAGACAAAUGGAAAUUCAUGAUGGUUUCCCAAAUCCCUCGGUUGUUGAAGCUUAUGAAAACCCUGAAGUUGACAAGUCCGAGGAGGCUUUCUCCUGGGCCCUUCCCAAGCUGGACGAACUCCGACUAUACACAUCCGAAAAGUUAGGUUGGUCCAGGAAUAAAACAGAUGAAAUCUUACUUCCUGUUCUGUCUGCAUUGAAUAAGCCUGCCAAGCAACAACUUGAAAUCACCAGCUUCUUCAUUAAGGAACCAUCAGAUGCAUUUGGCAGCAAGAAAAAUACCAGCAAGAGGGUACAACGGGCAUUACAGCGCUGCCAACAGGUGAUGGCAGUAUGUGAUGAGAAACCUACAACUUCACUCAAUGAACAGCGAAUGAAGAAGGCUAAAGAAGUGGUUGAACAGAUGAGAAAAGUGGGUUCGCUACCCCCAUGUCACCCUUCGUUACCAGUUAAAAGGAAAGGGCCAGGUAGCAAGAGCAAAGCGACUUCCAGCAGAGGAAGCCAACCACUUUUGGCAAAAGUUGCCCGCUCAACGGCACCAGUGAAUUAUAAACUGUCUGAAAGCAGCAGCAGUGAUUCGGAUGUCAAUUGAUAGUGACAGAAAUUUUGUUGAUAUUUUGGUUUGGUUUCCAUGGCCUUUUUUGGACAUUUUAUAUAUGUCAGACUGAGCUGAGGUGAGUGGGAUUUGAACUGAGAACUAGAGCCCCAUGGGGGUGGGUUGGGGUGCAGUGAAAUACUAUAAGUGUAUUUAGUUUGUCAUCAUCAUCAUCAUCAUCGUUUAACGUCCGCUUUCCAUGCUAGCAUGGGUUGGACGAUUUGACUGAGGACUGGUGAAACCGGAUGGCAACACCAGGCUCCAGUCUGAUUUGGCAGAGUUUCUACAGCUGGAUGCCCUUCCUAACGCCAACCACUCAGAGAGUGUAGUGGGUGCUUUUACGUGUCACCCGCACGAAAACGGCCACGCUCGAAAUGGUGUCU